UCGGGUUGGCCCGGGCUGGGCACGGCCGCCGGCCCGCGUGGGCCUUCGGGACCGCGGAGCCGGGAGCGUGGCGCCAUGGCCGGGGUCCGCAGGCUGGAGCUGGCCGAGGCCCUGGCCCUGGGCCCCGGCUGGCGGCACGCGUGCCACGCGCUGCUCUACGCCCCCGACCCGGGCAGACUCUUCGGUCGCAUCCCUCUGCGUUAUGCCGUGCUGAUGCAGAUGCGCUUUGACGGGCGUUUGGGCUUCCCCGGCGGCUUUGUGGACUUGCAGAAGGGCAGCCUGGAGGACGGGCUGAACCGCGAGCUGGACGAGGAGCUGGGCCCGGGCAUGGCGUCCGUCCGCCUGGAGCGCGCCGACUACCGCAGCUCGCACGCCGGGCCCGCGCCGCGCGUCGUGGCCCACUUCUACGCCAAGCGCCUGACGCUGGAGCAGCUGGCGGCGGUGGAGAUGGGGGCUCCGCGCGCCAGGGACCACGGGCUGGAGGUGAUGGGCCUGGUGCGGGUGCCCCUGUAUACCCUGAAGGACGGUGUGGGGGGCCUUCCGGCCUUCUUGGAGAAUUCUUUUAUUGGAACUGCGCGAGAGCAGCUACUGGAGGCCCUCCGGGACUUGGGCCUGGUGGAACCCGGCAGCCUUAAGCACUGCACCUCACUAGCGGCAGCCCUCCCUGGGCCCCCGGAACCUGGAGUCAGGACCUAGAGUGGAAGAGGGAGGAGGCGGGAAUGGAUCUCUUCUGGGCCUGUGAUAGUAGCAGAUGAUAGGUUCAACGGAGAAGUGCGUGCAGUGUAUUUGGAGCAGAGGGCCCCUGAACACUCAGCCUCGGCAGCUAAAGCCCGCAGCUUACCUCGGGCCUGGCACAGUCUCAGCCUGCAUCCUCCCUGUCCAUUUGCACACAGCUCAUACUUAUGACAGGCAAAGCAGCUCCAACUUCCAGGGCCGGAGGAGCUGAAUGUUUGAAGUGGGGCUUGUGGUCUCCCUGGGCAGCAGGUUUCUCUCAGGCACUGCUGAGAAGAUGCCGGUCCUCUUCGUAGUGAAAUUAAUAACAUUAAUUGCUGUUCCUUCCUGGAAAGUUGCACUUGCCCCAGAAUUCUCUAAUACUUCCUGUCCUUCCAAGCUCACCACCCCUGUAGGUCAAGUUCACCCUUCUUUGUACCAUCCCCUCCUGGCUGCUAUGGCAACCUGACAUGUUCCCCUGGUGAGAGUCUUCCAAGAAUUGUCUGGUCCUGCUGGGACAUAGGCCUCACAGGUCAGAGACUCGAUUACAGCAGACUCAGUAAGUUCUCAACAAAAUGCCCACUGUACUCAUGCUUCUGGGAGGGUUUGUCUCUUCCAGGACUCAAACAAAGCUUUCGAAGCUCAUUUUGAAUAUGAGCUCAUGUUCAUUCUUUUUCUGGGCUCCCCCUUACCCCCCACUGGGCAAAUCGCACUGGACUAGAAUUUAUCUCAUCUACAAAUCCA